AUGCCUUCUCCAAUGGAUACCGAAGAAAGCCCCGGCUUCCGGACCAAAGAGUCGAGUAAACGCCGCCGACUCAACUUUGCUUGCAAUUACUGCCGAAAUCGCAAGACACGCUGCGAUGAACAGCAACCAUCCUGUCAAGCAUGUAUCUCGGCGGGUAUUCCGUGUGUCACUGAGGAUAGACGUCGGCCUGGAAAGGUGAUCAAACGGCGCGAGGCAGGCAAAUCUGCCGAUGGUCUGUCAAUUGAGUCUGGGAGUCCUUCCGAGCACGGAGUCUCACCAGUUAGGCGCAUGUCAAUGGUGACGGAUCACCAGACCGCGCGUACUAUCUCGGUAGCCGCACCCAUACGGGCACGGUCCCAAAGUCCAAGACCAUCUCAGAGCCGAGACUCUUCGCAUACCGACACCAUCAGCAAUCCCUUGCCGAUAUGGCGACAAAGCACAGGGACAACAUCUUUCCAGGUACUAACAGAAUGGUUGGACCUAUCAUGUUUCCGACUCAACGUUCCUUACCACUUUGGGACGUAUGCCCCUCCGACGUUGAACCCGGCAUCGGGACCGAGUGGCUUCCAGUCUCGGCAUGUUUUUCCCCGGGCACCGGAAGCCUGGGACUUUCCGCAGCUUAUUGAUGCGUAUCAGCGAGAGAUACACGUGUUUUAUCCUGUUGUGAGAUUGGAUCUAGCGAGGGCUGAGGCAUUGCAAUCGCAUCAAUCCCAAUCGGGCGGAGACGUCACUGCCUUGAGGACGUCGUUGCUACUAGCAGCAGGCGGUUUCAUUCUCCAAUCCUCUGAUAGCCAGUCGUACAUGAUCGAAGCCCUUUCUCUAGCCCGCAGCGCUCUCGGCCAUCUCAUCGGCAACGUCACAUUGGAAACAAUAGAAGUUCUGUUCCUCUUCUCCGUCUGUCUUCGUCUCAACGACGAGAUCACCUCAUCAUGGACAGCUCUCGGUAUCUGCCUCUCCAUCGCCCACUCUCUCGGGCUCAACCGUCCUAAGAAGAAGCCCCAACCAUCUUUCAUUGACGCUUGGACUCCAGCCUGGUGGGCACUGUAUAGCUACGAGAAGCUAUUCUCUUUCCAAUUGGGCUAUGUCUCGAGUAUAUCCGACGAGGUUUAUGAUGCGCUUGAUCUGGAAGCUUUCAAGACUCCGAAUUCCGCGCCGCAGCAUCUUAUUCUGUCGAUGGCGAAGGUGUUCAGUAGAAUGAGUCAUCGAUGUGCAAAGGCGCGACAACUUGAGGAUAGAGCUAGUCGGAGAACGAUUGAGGCAGCGAUCAAGGACAAGGUGAACGCAACUGGAGAGUCCUUCCUCAUGCUGUCAGAUUGGGUAAACGGUCUACCAGCCGGCCUAAGACCGACAUCAGAGUUCAUGCGUGUCCCAGAAGAUCUCGCACUCUCAUCAUUCAUCUCCCUACACUACCACAAUGCCAUCAUCAUGCUCAACCGCAACUCCCUCCUCAUCAGCAAAGACGCCAUCCACAAGGCUGUCGAGGUGAUUGCCAAAGGAAUGCCAUGGGAGUACACGAUUCGCAACGGUCAAUCCAUGGUCGCCAACUCCGCCCGAAAGAUCAUUCACCUGCUGGCUGACAGUGACGAUUCUUUGUCGCACCUGUUCGCGCCAUCUUACUUCCCUCUACUUCAUGCACUUUAUGUCCUAGCAGUGCAUAUUCUUAAGCAGCCACAUUCUCGUAUUUCCAAGAUCGAUCAAAGUUUACUCUCCACAGCUGCAGACUUGAUACGGUGUUACUCCGUUGGUCUCGCAGAAGCAGACCGACUGAACACCGUUCUAAACGGCCUUAUCCGCGUGGUCCAAGAAGCAAUGAAGCCCACGACUACCAUCGCCAGCGACCAACCCAACACGGAUACGCACAUUUCUCAGCACGGCGGUACGGCAAGGCCUCCACAGCACAACGCCAUGACCUUCUCUCAGUCGCUGGACCCAUCAGACUCCUCCAUCUUGAAUCCGGUGGAGAUGAACAUGGGCGGUGAGGUUCUGGACCCCUUCUCGGGACAACCUUUCAGCAUACCAAUAUUACCUGAUGAAAUCGGCUGCGACUGGGCAGACUUUGAGAACUUAUUGCAGAGACUUGAGAAUGAUCCUGGAAUGUUCCCUGCGGAAGAAGGGAUGACUAUAGAGAUGUAA